CCGUGGCUGAAUUGUAAGAAAGCGUAAUAUAUUAAAAAUGGGCCUAAAAUGGGCCUGAAGUGAAAUUUAACUUUACGUUGGUAUUAUCUCUGGUUUCACAUUCUCUUAACCCUCUUGGUGAAUGCGUCAUUGAAACGCCAUUAUCCGCCGUGCUAAUCUGAAUCUCCUCCCCCGUCGGAAAAAAUGGCCACUGGUGGAAAAGUCUCCUUCAAAGUCACUCUGACUUCGGAUCCUAAGCUUCCUUUCAAAGUUUUCAGCGUACCAGAAGGAGCUCCGUUCACGGCGGUUCUGAAAUUCGCAGCAGAAGAGUUCAAGGUUCCUCCACAAACCAGCGCCAUCAUCACUAAUGAUGGGAUCGGGAUCAAUCCUCAACAGAGUGCAGGAAACGUUUUUCUGAAGCACGGAUCUGAACUAAGAUUGAUCCCGCGUGAUAGAGUUGGAGCUGUGUUUGUGAUGGAUCCAUAGAUGAUGUGUAAGCAAUGAUUAAAAACUCAGUUCCAAAAAAAACAUAAUAAUAUACUGAAAUGCUUAUGUACAACUUCGUUGAAUAAAUAUGUAAUCGUCACAAUUGAAGUGAGUUGAAUUUGGUCAAGUUAUAUGUCUGUUAUAAUUCAUAUUUAGAUAACGUAUGUGCACUAAAAAAGAGUAUGGAUCUCUCUGUAUAUGCUAACUCUUGUCAAUAUAAAUAUUUAUCUUGUAAUAUAGUUUUUUUAUU